AUGCCCCUGGGCCCCAGCGGAGCCCUCACCGGCCCCGGUCACGCCGACCCUCCCCCGCCCCGGCGGGGUCCCCUCCCGGCCCCGGCGUUCGCGGAGGCUGCCGCUUCCCCCUGGGGCCGCCCCGGCUGCGGGGACAGCGGGCGACCGGGCGCAAACUUGGGAGGCUCGGCCGCCGUGACGGAGGUUGGGGAGGAGGAGGAGGAGAAGGAGGAGAAGGAGAAGGAGAAGGAGAAGGAGAAGGAGAAGGGGCGGCAGCUGCGUGGCUCCGCGGGCGCGCAGCGGGGCGGCGGCUGGAGGAGGAGGAGGAAAGGAGAAGUGUCGGUGCCGGUGCCGGCGGGUACUGCCGGGGAGCUCCGAAAUAAUGUCGUCCCUGCUGCUUCUGUACAUGCGGCUGCAUACACGCUUGAAACACUGACAAGCCUGAAGGCUGCAGGCACCGGCAGGAUGGAGCAGGCACCAGGACGUUGUUCAACCACCAAGCUGGCUGUGCCCGUGUCGAUCUGCUGGGACAGAGCAUCCUAAAGAGCUCUGUGAGGGGAAGAGA